UUAAGUUGUGUUUUUAUCCAAAUGAACUGGCAUCUUUGUAUGUAGGAGAAGCUACAAGUUGGUAAAUACUUAUUUCAAGAAUCAUGACUAGGAAACACUUGGAAGUUUAUUAGAGAAGUAAAUGUUUUUCCAUUCAAGAACAGGAUCUGCCUGUACCUCUGUGGUUCCAGGUAUCGUGUGAAGACCAUUCUAGGUGACUGGCCAAGGGAAGGAAUACCCUACUGAUACUGGAGCCACAGCCGUACUGCCAGUACCAUGUCUACCAUACAAAGAAAGGGCAGCAGCCACCUGUUCAACAGUGUGCACACCUGUAGACUGAAGAUUCCAGAGGACCAGCAACAUCAAGAAAAAUCUGUCAUUGCUCAACCAACAUUUGUUUUUGAAAAGAGAAAACAAACUUUUAAGAGACCUGCAGAAGACACCGUGUAUGAAGCAGCAGAACAUGAAUGUAAUGAUUCUUCAAGAAAGCGUGUUCGGUCUUCAUCUUUUACUUUGCAUACUACAAAUUCUCAAUCCCCAGGAGCAUCAACCUUGUCCCAGAAGCGACUAAGAUCGUCAUCCUUCACGGAUCUCCCGACCUUCCCCCCUUCUGGGCCAGUGAAGAAAAACAAUGUUUUUAUGACAUCAACUUUUGUGCAAAGGAAUGUUGAUGUGAACAGUGCAGAACAAGGUCCUGUGAAACAUUCUGAACAUGUUCUAAGACCUGCUAUCUUGAAGCCACCUCAAGCUCAAAAGUGUAUAAAAGUAAGAAAAUCAUUUGGGCAUGAUGUGUUGGAAACCUGCAAGAGUAGAGAAAAAAACAAAAAUAAGAUUUCUGAGGAGAACUCCGAUUUGCUAAGUGAAAAUUUACCAAGUGCCAGAAUUUCAGUCCAGCUGUCUACUAACCAGAAUUUUUUAGGUCCUACAUCAGUAGGAUGUCAACCAAAUGAAGAUAAGUAUUCUUUUAAAAGCUGCAGUUCUGAUUUCGUUUUUGGAGAAAACAUGGUAGAAAGAGUUUUGGGUACUCAAAAACUCACUCAGCCUCAACUUGAAAAUGAUUCAUACAUCAAGGAGAAAACAUUCAAAUUCACUUUAAAAUUUCCUAUCAACUCUCCAAACUCAAGAACAGACUCUCUUAAGAAUAUACCCCUAACUGAAUCAGCUGCAGCUUUCUCUUCUAAACCAUCACCAAAAUGUUUGCUGGAGAAAAUUGAUGUCAUAACCGGGGAGGAGGCAGAACACAGUGUGUUAAAGAUCAACUGCAAGCUUUUUAUAUUCAACAUAACAACACAGUCCUGGAUUGAAAGGGGCAGAGGAGCUUUGAGACUGAAUGACUCAGCAAGCAGUGACUGUGGAACAUUCCAGUCAAGACUAAUUAUGCACAAUCAAGGCAGCCUGAGGCUGAUUCUCAAUAGUAAACUCUGGGCUCAAAUGGAGAUUCAAAGAGCAAACCACAAAAAUUUACGAAUAACAGCUACUGAUUUAGAAGACUAUAACAUCAAAGUGUUUUUAAUUCAGGCCAGUGCCAAAGAUAUAGGAUGUAUGCAUGCAGCAAUUCAUCACCGUCUUGUUGCACUUCGAAGCUUCUAUAAGCAGAAAGAUGCAAAUCAAGCUGAAAGCCAGUCAGAAACAGUCCUCCAACAAUUUAACUGUGAUAGCUGUGAUGAGGAUGAGGAUGAUUUUAUCCAAGUUACUAAAACUAGAUCAGAUUCUUCUAGGUGGACCCACAGACAGUCGGUUGCCUGUUCGUGAGCGCUACCUACUAUAAACAUGACAACAUCUACAAAAAGAUCACCUUACUGAAAAAAUCUAAGCCAUCCUAACAACGA